AUGGAAACGAUUAAAGUCAAAUCAUGGGCUAAAGUUCCUAUAGCAAAGAGACUAGAAAUAAAAGAAGAAUUGGAAAAGAUAAGAAACGACCCAUAUAUAAGAGAAUGGAAAUAAUGUAUGGAAGGAUGGGGUGUACCGUAAGCAACCAUAAGCAAAUGGACUAACAUGCAGAGAGGAAAAAAGGGAAGAGAGAGCUCACUAGGAGAAAUAAUUAUGAAAGAAAUGUUAGAGAAAAUCUUCCACAAAGAAAUAGGUCCAGCAGAGUUUUGGUAGAUAAAACCAAAAAACUUAAUAAAAAAACUAAAAAUAGAUAAAUACUUUAAUUUUAUCUGUAAAAACUAAAGCAGUCGAUAUUAUUAUAUAAGAACCACAAGAUAAAAAAUGAUAGAAGAAGGAGUAAAGAGAGCAUUGGAAUCAAUAGAAAAAUUAAAAAAAUUGUGUGAAUAUUAUUAAAAAUGA